AUGCAUUUUUUUAAUUUUUAUCAUCAUAAAAAGGAUCUUGUUCAAACAUUUUCUCCUCUACAUGAUGAGGAUCCAUUACUUUCAUAUGAAGUUACUAAUGAAGAAUAUCAUCAUCAAUUAAACAAAAGGUUGCAUAAUUUAGAACUUAAAGAACUAAAAAAUAGUAAAGAAUAUUUAUAUUACCUUGCUACUUUUUUAACUUUCAGCGAUUUUAAUAACAAUUGCACAGCAAAACUAAAAGAAGUCUGCAAUGAUGAUAUAGAAAUGCUGAAUAGUGAUAUUCAUCAUAUUUGUAAUGAGCCUCAAUUAGUAUGUACUUCUUUAAAUACUCAAAUAUCUAAUGCGAUAAAAAAAACUAAAGAUGAUUUGAAUAAAGAAACAAAUUAUCAUCACUGUAGCAGGCUGCAAACUGAAUGUUUUUUCUUAGAACAAUAUGGUUCAGGAGAUCUUUCUGCAAAUUGCAAUAAACUAAAAGAAAAUUGUUAUAAUAAGGCCCGUAUGGAAGUAGCGGAAGGAAUUAUGCAUAGAUUUUUAAAAGGGACACAUGAUAAGACUUGUUUAGAAAAACUCAAAGAAAAAUGUCUAUUAUUUAGUCAUCAAAGCCCAGAGUUAUUUAGUUUAUGUAUUAGUGGUUCCAAUGUUUGUAAAAAAUUUAUUUCAGAAACUAAAACAAACUGUCAAAAUUUUCAAACUCAGUUUUUAUCAAAACAUAAAGAAAUAACACGAGAAAACUGCAUAGUUUGGUUAAAAAAAUGCUAUUAUAACGUUUUGAAUUGUCAAAAUAUUUAUCAUAUGUGCCGUUUAUUUCAAACAAGUUGUGCAGAAAAAGGUUUUUUUUCUAAUUUUGACAGUAAUUAUAAUCUUAAUCUUCUUGAAAGCCCGUUUAUCGAUGUUGAUGAAGAUACAAUUCAAUACAGCCAUAAAAAGUUAAGUCAAUUAGGUAUUUAUGUUGAUAAAAUGCCAUCACUUCCGAAUGAAGUAAUUGCUAGCAUUUUAAUUCAAGAUGUUUCUAAACAAAUCUCUAAAUGUAAAAAAGAAUUGAAUGAAAAAUGUCCUUUAGUGGAAUAUUUAGAUGUUUUUAAAGAUAUAUGCAGUAAAACUAAGAAUAAAGAUAAUAUUUGUAAAGGCAUAUAUGAUAAAACUAAGCAGCAUCUUGAACCUUAUUCAAAGGAAUUCAGUGGUAAUAAUUUGUCGAUUUCACAAAAAUCUUUUUCAAAAGAAAAGUGUAUAGAAUAUUUACCAUUAUGUUAUUUUUUUAAUGAAUAUUUUGGUGUCUGGGUCCAAAGUGAUUUAUGUAAAACAAUACGACUUGCCUGUUAUCAAGCAGAUUUGGAAAUGGAAGCUGAUAUGAUUUUAAUAAGGAAAUUAAA